AUGUCAGCUCUCAACUCCAGCCUGGCCACCCCUUCUGUCUUCCUGCUGACAGGGAUCCCCGGGCUGGAAGCAGCCCACGUCUGGUUCUCCAUCCCCUUCUGCUCCAUGUUCCUGGUCGCGCUCGUGAGUAACACAGCCGUGAUCCAGGUUGUGGUGAGGGAGCAGAGCCUCCACAAACCGAUGUACAUCUUCCUGGCCAUGCUGGCCCUCAACGACAUCAUCCUCUGCUUGGUCAUAGUGCCCAAGAUGUUGGCCAUAUUUUGGUGCAACGCAGAGGAGAUCCCCUUCGAGGGCUGCCUCACUCAGAUGUUCUUCGUCCACGCUCUCUACCUCUCAGAGUCAGCCAUCUUGUUGGCCAUGGCCUUCGACCGGUACAUCGCCAUCUGUGAACCUCUGAGGUACACCAGCAUUUUGACCACCUCCGUGAUAGAGAAGAUGGGAGCGGGGCUGGUAGCCAGGAGCAUUUGUGUGGUGACACCUGGGGUUUUCCUCCUCAAGGGGUUACUCUACUGCAAGACCAACGUGAUCCACCAUACGUACUGUGAGAACAUGGGCAUUGCCAAGCUGGCCUGUGCCGACAUAACCAUCAACAGUGUCUACGGCCUCAUGGCCGCCUUCCUGACUACGGGCUUGGAUGCCAUCUUCAUCGUGGUGUCCUACAUGCUGAUCCUCAGGGCCGUGCUGAGACUCCCUUCCCAGGAUGCCCGCCUCAAGGCUUUUGGCACUUGCGGGGCCCAUAUCUUUAUUUUCUCUGUCUUCUAUACACUGGCUUUCUUCUCCUUCUUCACCCACCGCUUUGGCCCCAAUGUCCCUCACCAUGUCCACAUCAUCCUGGCCAACCUCUACCUCCUGGUGCCACCCACCCUGAACCCCAUCGUGUAUGGGGUGAAGACCAAGGAGAUUCGGGUUCGGGUGCUCGGCCUCCUUUGUCAGAAGCAAAGCGUCCCCAAAUGA